UCAUUCAUGAGCGAGUCUGAACUGUUUCUACGACAACAGGACAUAAACAGAUGGGGUAUCACUGUCCCGGCUGAAGCCAUUCAGUUGCCACUUACGACAGUGCCAAGUCCAGAACUGAUGGACAAAUAAUCUCUCAUAUUGGAAGUGACCUUGACAUCUUUGACCAUGCCCAUCAAAAUCAAGAAAUCAAGGUCCCAAAGUUCUCGGCCCGCCAAGAAGACUGGGAGUCCAAAAACACCCAAAAAGAAGUCCUCUAGUGCCAAAUCCACCAAGACAGAGGUGGACAUCCUCAGCCCAGCAGCCAUGGAGAACGUCUACUACAUUUCCCACAAUGCAGUGGACUGUCUGGAGUUCAGAGGCUUUGGGUGGCCACAUUCAAACAAGAAGAAGAAAAAGAAGAAGGGAACAAAACGGAAGAAGAAAAAGUAAAUUAUACAAUUUAUUUUUGCCAAACCAAAGUGAAUUUUUCCUUUUUUCUGGUAAUGAGUUACAUUUAAAUGUUUUGCAAAUGGCGCCAUCUUAUGGACACAAUUGAAAUUACACAACCUAAGUAUAUCAAGUUUUGACUGCUGGAGUGCAAUGCAGCAAAUAUGGGUCUCUUUCUUUGUUUCUUCCACAAAUUCAUACAGGAGCUCAAAACUGUAAAGCUUAACUUCAUUCAUGAGGCACAGACUUUCAAAAUCAUGAACAGCAAUUUUAUUGUAAACUGAAUGAUUCAGAGGUGUUUGCACUAAUGUCAAAAAAUUUGGCAGUUAUUGAUACAUUUGAAUGUUGUGAAGGAAACUUCAAACUCUGCAAUAAAACAAAAGAGCAACUAUAUUCACUUCAAAGAACAUAAUAUGCACCUAAUAUGGAGAUAAUGAAUAUAAAGUUAAAACACCACAGUGCAUCCUUGUAAAGGCCAGCCAACAGUGCCAUGAUACUGGACUUAAAGUGAUCCCACCACUCAGUUAUAAUAUUCUUUAAAUCCAGUCUUUGCACAAUUUCUCUUAUAAAAAUAGGCUACAUUGAGAACAUGCCUAUAAAACUAAGGGAGGAAACAAAUACUGCUCCAGGCACUGUAAAUAUUUUCAUUUAUAUUUUACAUUUUCAAUCCUUUUCUCAAAUGUACACUCAUUGUACCAUAACCCUGUAAAAUAAA